CUCUCUCUCCUCUAUAUCUCGUCUCUACUUUCUCUCUCUUUACGUCUCUUGCUCUGGAUGAGACCAUAAUGUCACACAAAAGGUGCUUCUUCUCGCGGAGGAUCACCAGUCGGUCCUUUGUGUUCUCCAAAUCGUUUAAAGAGCUCAAAAUCUUGGAUACUGAGCAAACCGAAUCGAAGCAGAACAGUGAUGACAGGGAUUGCGACGACGGAAACGACAUCGUUGAGGCCGAAUCGAAUUCUACAGAUCGAGAGUGUCGUGGCCGUUCGUGGUCUACUUUGUUGCCUGAGCUUCUCGGAGAGAUCAUAAGGCGAGUGGAAGCGAGCGAGGACCGGUGGCCCAAUCGGCGAAGCGUUGUGGCAUGCGCUUGUGUGUGCAAGAAGUGGAGAGAAGUCACCAGAGAGAUCGUUAGGUCUCCAGUUCACAGUGGCAACAUCACCUUCCCUUCUUGUCUUAAACAGCCGGGGCCCCGUGACUCUCCACUUCAGUGUGUUAUAAGACGGAGCAAGAAAAACUCAACAUUCUACCUUUAUCUUGCUCUUAACGCUACUUUCACCAAUAAGGGAAAGUUUCUCUUAGCGGCACGAAGGUAUAGGCAUGGUGCUCACACAGAGUACAUCAUAUCACUUGAUGCUGAUGACCUAUCCCAAGGAAGUAAUGCCUACGUUGGAAAGUUAAGCUCGGAUUUCCUCGGGACCAAUUUUACAAUCUUUGACAGCCAGCCACCACACAGUGGUGCAAAGCCCUCAGGCAGCAGAGGUGGCCGUCGAUUUGCAAGCAAGCAAAUCAGUCCCCAAGUUCCUGCAGGUAACUUUGAGGUUGGACAGGUCUCCUACAAGUUCAACCUCUUAAAAUCAAGAGGUCCAAGGAGGAUGGUAUGUUCGCUUCAAUGCCCAUGUUCAGGAGAAACUGCUGCUGACAAUCCUCUAGACAAUUCCAGGACGAAGAAGCAAGAGUAUGAAGCAUUCACAGUUUUGAGGAACAAAGCUCCAAGGUGGCAUGAACACUUACAAUGUUGGUGCUUGAAUUUUCAUGGUCGGGUGACAGUUGCAUCAGUGAAAAACUUCCAAUUGGUUGCAACAAUGGACCAAAGCCAGCCAGGAGGAAAAGGCGAUGAGGAAACAGUGCUCCUUCAGUUUGGGAAGGUAGGAGAUGAUACUUUCACCAUGGAUUACAGGCAGCCAUUGUCAGCAUUCCAGGCAUUUGCCAUUUGCCUCACCAGCUUUGGUACAAAACUGGCCUGUGAGUAAUAUAUGUCCUAUUAUCUGUGUAUCCGAGAAACCGGUUUGUUUUGAUGUUUUAAUUCAAGUUUUUUUUUUUUUUUUUUCCUCCGUCACUUCUUCAUAUUCCGUCUGCUUCAGUGUGGCAGGAAGGAGCAUAUGAUGUACAUGUUGCUGUUAAAAUUAUAUAUGACAUGACUUCGGCUCAAUUUAUUAAUAGUGACAAUUUCACGGCAACCAAGUAUGGUGGCUUUCAAAUCCA